AUGAAACGUGGCCUCAAAGUAGGAUGGAAUACACUACUCAUAAGGUGGCUGAAAACUCUUGGACAAUCCAUUACCGGCUCAAACGGUAGGCGCGGUCUCCGAGUUUCCGUCAACCUUAUGCUCUACUUGAACCCAAAUUGCACGAAAUCAGCAGGCAGCCUGGUGCAGCACAUUCAGUUGCUCAAAAACGUCAUGAGAAAAUUCAGCUGGGCUCCAACUGCCGUGCCACCCGAAGGAAGUACGAGGGCUGGGAUACUGCCAGGUUGCCCAAGCUUAGACAGAGGAAGUCGAGAGGCAGGACGGGUUCGGACCACGGACCUUCCCGUCAGUAAAUUCGCGCUCUAA